AUGGCUGUUCUCGAUGAGCAAGGCCCCUUCAUCGAGAGUAUCGACGCCGAAGGGUUCACAAAGCUCAAGACAUUUGUCAACAGCGUCCAGAACCCCAAUGGUCUUCUUUGGGUAACACGCCAGUCGAGCGUUGAGUGCCAGGAUCCCAGAUUCGCUCAGACAAUAGGGUUCACUCGCACUCUCCGCAACGAAACAUCCACGGAUAUUGCUGUCUGUGAGGUAGACAGCAUCACAUCGCCCGAGAAUCUGGCAACUCUGGUCAAAGUUCUGGCCCAGUUCCAGGCCAGGAGUCAGGAUGGUGUUCUCGGCCCGGAUCUGGAGUAUGUCAUCAGUAAGGGUGAGGUUCUGGUGAAUCGAAUCUUCCCGGCCGCUCUGGAUAAGGAGUUGGAGGAUAAAGUGAGUGAGAGUGAGGCAUAUGUCACUAUGACACAGCCAGGUCGUAUGGAGAGCUUGUUCUGGGCAUCACAACCUCCUACUGAUCCCAAGGACAACGAGAUCGAGGUUGAAGUAUAUGCCAGUGGCCUCAACUUCCGCUACGUCUUAGUUGCCAUGGGAAUAAUCCCACCGCCCAAGAGUCUCAAGUUUGGUUACGAAGCGGCCGGCGUUGUUCGAAGGGUUGGUUCCAACGUCACCAAGCUUCGUCCUGGCGAUCGCACUAUCUUUGUCGGAGAGGAUACCUUCAGUACUGUUGUGAGGGUACCUGAACUUCUGGCCCAAAAGCUGCCUGACGACAUCAGCUUUGUUGAAGCCUCGGCCAUUCCUAUUGUCUUCUUAACUGCUGUCUACGGCCUUAUCGAUCUGGGACGCCUUACCAGAGGCCAGUCCGUUCUCAUUCACAGCGGUUGUGGCGGUGUAGGACUUGCUGCUAUUCAAGUCGCCCGCAUGCUUGGUGCCGAGAUUUACACAACAGUUGGCAGUGAAGCCAAGGUUGAGUACUUGACCAAGACAUUCGACAUCCCCAGAAGCCAUAUCUUCAACUCUAGAGAUGCGUCAUUCGCCACAGAUCUGCUGCGAGAGACUGGAGGUAAAGGUGUCGAUGUCGCUCUGAACUCGCUGAGCGGAGAACUUUUGCACACAACCUGGAAGUGCGUCGCCAAAUGGGGCACCAUGGUUGAGAUUAGCAAGAGGGAUCUUCUCCAGAACGCCCAGCUUGAUAUGGGCCCUUUCUUGCAGAACCGCAACUAUUGCUGCCUGGAUGUUGACCAACUGAGAGCUGAACGUCCCGAGGUUAUCAACCGUCUCCUCUCCUUUAUUAUGAACUGCUUCUCCAACCGCAUCCUCAAACCAAUCCGGGUCGAUCAGGUGUUCCCUGGCUCUGCGGUCCUCGAUGCCUUCAGACACAUGCGACAAGGCAAACACAUGGGCAAGAUUGUUCUUGAGAUCCGAGAUGCUGCUGGCAGGCCUCUGACUGGCCCUGUUCAGGCCACUAAGAUAACUAAUCUCCAACUCGACGGAAGCGCAUCAUAUCUGCUUGUUGGUGGCCUUGGUGGUUUAGGCCGCGCCCUCUCCGUUUGGAUGGUCGAAAGAGGUGCCCGAAACCUAGUGUACCUGUCUCGUAGCGCCGGAGGCAGCACUCAGCAUGACAAGUUCAAGCAGGAGAUCGAGAGCAUGGGCUGCAGUGUCCAGUUCAUUCGUGGCGACGUCACCAACGCCGACGACGUCACCCGCGCCAUUGGCGAGGCCUCUUCUCCUCUGAAAGGCAUCAUCCAAAUGUCCAUGGUUCUUCGAGACCGCAUGUUUGAGGACAUGACGUUCCAAGAGUGGGAGACAACAACUCGACCAAAGGUUCAGGGUACCUGGAACCUACACAACGCGUCUCUGGCUGCCAAGUGCCCACUCGAUUUCUUCCUGCUCUUCAGUUCUUUAUCUGGCAUACUUGGUCAAGUCGGACAAGCCAACUACGCCAGCGCAAACACUUUCCUCGAUGCUUUCGCUCGAUACCGAGCUGGAAUGGGACUUCCUUGCACAUCCCUUGAUCUCGGAGCCAUGGAGGGCAUUGGAUAUCUUGAUGAGAACCAGGACUUGCUCCGGAAGAUGAAGGGCACCGGAUGGCGUCCUGUGGGCGAGAGUGAAUUAGUCGAAGCACUUAACGUUGCUCUGAUGCCUGCGUCCUCUCCUCAAGAGUACGGCGAUGCAUUCCUCCUCGGUGUUGCUCCCACUGUUCCUCUAGGAAGCGCAGAGAGUAGCACGCGUCUAAGCAAGGACGUGAGAAUGGCGGCAUAUCACAACAUCGGCCGUGGCCAAAGUGGCGCACUGCCAGCAAACGAUGGUCUCCGUGCUUUCCUCUCUUCGGUCAAGAAGGAUCCCAGCAUCCUCAACUCUCACGAGGCUGUCAACACACUUGCCUUGGAGAUUGGCAAGAAGUUGGCCAGCCUGCUCCUCACGGGCGACGUGGACCUUGACAUCGGCAUGAACACCGCGGAUAUGGGACUUGACUCGUUGGUUGCUAUUGAAUUACGUGGCUGGUGGAAACUCACAUUUGGUUUUGAGAUUAGCACACUCGAGAUGCUUAGCAUGGGAACGUUGGAGGCAUUGGGUAAGCGCACUGCGGAUGGGCUCAAGGGGCUGUAUAAUAACUAG